AUGCCAUCCACACAUAAGAAAGAUAAACCCUGGGAUACUGACGAUAUAGACAAAUGGAAGAUUGAAGAAUUUAAACCAGAAGAUAAUGCUGGCGGGACCUUCGCCGAAGAAUCUUCCUUUGUCAGCCUGUUCCCGAAAUACCGGGAAGUCUAUCUGAAGGAAACAUGGCCGAUAAUAACGAGGGCAUUGGAGAAACAUGGAAUCGCUUGUACGCUGGACUUGGUGGAGGGUAGUAUGACGGUGAAAACUACACGAAAAACAUACGACCCAGCGGCCAUCCUCAAGGCACGAGAUCUAAUAAAACUGCUUGCUAGAAGUGUCCCAGCUCCACAGGCUCUUAAAAUCCUUGAAGACGGGACGGCAUGCGACAUCAUUAAAAUUCGAAAUCUGGUCCGCAACAAAGAGCGAUUCGUUAAACGACGCCAACGCAUCCUAGGCCCUUCCGGCUCUACCUUGAAAGCACUCGAACUCCUUACAAACACAUACCUCCUCGUCCAAGGCAACACUGUGGCAGCCAUGGGCCCAUACAAAGGCCUGAAAGAAGUCCGUCGCGUCGUCGAAGACUGCAUGAACAACAUCCAUCCAAUCUACCAUAUUAAGGAAUUAAUGAUUAAGCGCGAACUUGCCAAGGACCCCAAAUUGGCAAAUGAAAGCUGGGAUAGAUUCCUCCCACAUUUUAAGAAGCGAACCUUGAGUAAGAGAAAGAAGCCCUUUAAGGUCACCGAUAAGUCGAAGAAGGUGUACACGCCAUUCCCACCACCGCAGGAGAAGAGCAAGGUUGAUUUGCAGAUUGAAAGUGGCGAAUAUUUCUUGAGCAAGGAUGCUAAGGAGCGGGCGAGAAAGGAAGAGAUUAUGGAACGACAGAGGGAGAAGAGGGCAGAGAAAAUGAAAGAAAUAGAGAAGGAUUUUAUUCCACCGAAAGAAGACACAGGUGAAAAGAAAAAGAAGAAACGGAAGCGCCAGGAAGACGCCACUGAUAAAGCAGUGGACGGAGAGAAGAAGUCCAAAAAGCGCAAGAGUAAGGAAAAAGUCAGGACUCAAGAAGAAUAG